CAUCUCCUCCCCUCCCGUUAGUUUAAGUCAGGGCGGAAGAUGGCGGCUGCUGCGGCUGGGACAGGUCCAGGGGUCCCAGAUGGGGAGCCGGAGGGGUCAAACCGCGAUCACAGUGCUUUUGAAUGCAACAUCUGUCUGGAGCCUGCCAGAGAAGCCGUCAUCGGCCUGUGCGGCCACCUGUACUGCUGGCCUUGUCUUCAUCAGUGGUUAGAAACUCGGCCGGAGCGUCAGGAAUGUCCUGUGUGCAAGGCAGGCAUCAGCCGGGACAAAGUCAUUCCUCUCUAUGGGCGUGGAAGCUCUGCUCAGCAGGAUCCCAGAUUGAAAACUCCUCCCCGACCUCGAGGGCAGCGCCCAGAGCCUGAGUCGCGAGGGCAGGGCAUCAGCAGUUUCCCUGAAGCAGCCACAGGCUUCCACAUGGCAUUUGGCAUUGGCGCAUUCCCUUUUGGCUUUUUUGCUACGGGCUACAGUGCUCCAGGAGAAAGAGCAGAUACAGAUGUGGCCAGACCAUCCAGCUGGCAGGAUUCGUUAUUUCUUUUCAUUGCCAUCUUCUUUUUCUUCUGGUUACUCAGUGUAUAACUGGCUGGACCCUGCUGAGCUUAACCUGUACUAAAAAAAAACAAAAACCUAAAGAACAGAACAAAAGGACUUUAAUAUUGGGGGGGAUGAUGGGGGGGUGGGGAGAGAGAGAGACACCGGGUUUUGGGUGGGUGGCUUUGAUUCCUGACCUCGUAGGAGAGACAGCAGGGGAUUAAUACUAUAUGGUGGAGUGAAAUCCUCUCUUUUGCAUUCACCACCACCCCCCAUCCUGAGAAUUAAAACCAUAAUAGGGCUGCUUGCUUCUUCAAGCGGUUUGCAAAUGGUUGUCUAUAUACAACCCCAACCUAAUUAUGGAUUGGAACGGGGAGUAACUAUGCUAGAACGAUCCCUUUCUGUUCUUCAAAGAAAGAUCUCAAAUGUGACGGCAAUCUCGAAUUCCGGCGAAGGUUGGAGAGGGCCGAAGCAAGCCCACGUGCGGACUACUCCUCGUUCUUUCCAGAUUACAUAAAAGCAAGAGGUUGAAGGAAGUCUGGCCUUGUGCAUCUUCCUCUCCCCCUCCCCCUUGUUCUGGUUGCAAUAACAUUUGCCUAUCAAUCGGCGAUCAAUUUAAUCUUACUGAGCCCACAGCGACUAGAUCUGCCUCUACGUAAAAGUGUACGAAUCGGGGAAAGGGGUUUUGGAGGGAAAGCAAAUUGGGAGGGUGGGGGGACGACAGACUCUCUCUCUGAUAGAGAUGUGGUGAUGUGGAGUCUCCCCUGUUCAGCCACAGAAAGUGAUUGUGGGAAGGGCUGCGAAGACGUUUGAAAGUCAGAGGCAGGGAAGGAGAAGACCUGGUGCUUCAGGACCCCACAGGAAGGGGCUGCAUAAUUUCUUUUUAACGAGAUUGGGUGAUUCUCUCAAACAGCUUCUCUUACCUACUUUUUUGAUAGGGCAAACUGCCCGAGUUUUGAUAAUGCCUCUGCUAUAGUGGGUAUUUUUCUCUCCCCCUCCCCUCCUCUCUCUUUUUGAGGGAGGUUAUUUAAUGUUGGAGUAACUCAACCCUUCGAGAUGGGGGAUGAUGCUUGCCUUCGGUUGUUAAUGCUUCAUCCACCCAUCUCCGACUCUUCCAACAAUGUCAGGGAAACGUUUAGGGUUGGUGAGGGGACGGUCGAUCACCGGACAUUGUAGUCUUGACUAACAGUAUUUCCUUGGAUAAUGUUCCUUGGAUAAUGAUUUCAUUUGGGGUGACGGAGAAGGGAUGUUGAUGUCAAUUAACUAAUGCUUUAAUUAAAUUUCACUCGUGAUUCCUA